UAUUAUUUUUGAGUUCAUACAGUAAAAUUAGAAGGGAUUUUUAGCAGAGCACCGAUCAACCCACAAUCAGAACUUCUUGUUACUUUCUCGGUUUAGAUCUCUACAUAAUAUCAAUGGCUCCUGUUGGUCCUCGAUCUGGUGAUGCAAUCUUCGCUAGUGUUGAGCGCGUGAAUGCGGAGCUGUUUAGUUUAACCUAUGGGGCGAUUGUACGUCAGUUGCUUACGGAUCUGGAAGAGGUUGAAGAAGUCAACAAACAGCUAGAUCAAAUGGGUUAUAAUAUUGGAAUUCGACUGGUUGAUGAGUUUCUAGCAAAAUCUAAUGUCAGCAGGUGUGUGGACUUUAGGGAGACAGCUGAAGUGAUUGCAAAGGUGGGUUUCAAAAUGUUCUUAGGGGUGGGUGCAUCUGUAACGAAUUGGGAUGCUGAGGGGACAUGUUGCAGUAUUAUUUUGGAUGAUAAUCCUCUGGUGGACUUUGUUGAGCUUCCUGAUACAUGUCAAGGCCUAUGCUAUUGCAACAUUUUAAGUGGAGUCAUUAGAGGGGCAUUAGAGAUGGUGUCGAUGAAAGCUGAAGUGACAUGGCUUCGUGAUAUGCUUCGAGGUGAUGAUGCAUUUGAGUUGCAGGUAAAGCUUCUAAAGCAGGUCCCAGAAGAAUACCCAUACAAGGAUGAUAAGUGAACAUUUGUUUUGGCCUUUCAUGUGUUAUUGAAUUUCAUUUCAUAUGCUAAAGAAUGAUUAACAACCUUUUUUUCUUUGAAUACAAGUUUCUCAACUUCGAAUUGAUUUAACUAGAUACUUGUAUAGAAAUAUUUUCGAGUAUAUGUGUUGAACCAUUUUGUGA